AUGGCCGCAGUGCAGGUCGUCGCGACUGUCGCAAUGUCCAAUCCCCGGGUCGCGAUAUCGUCGCCCAUUGUGCAACCGCGUCGCAUGUCCCAUUCACUCGCAGCCUUUAAUCCUUCAAUAAGACUCCCCUCCUCGAAUUUGUCGCAUGCACACCGCCCCGCGCGACGCGACCGCACCUCACGCCAGCAUGCCGUUGUCUCUAGCUGUUCCGUGCCAUUGCGCGCCGAGCUUCGCGCCGGCCAGCCAACAGUCCAAUCAUCGUCUUCCCCCAGCACGCGGAAAUCCGUGCGCGCGUCUGCAGUUGCGGCACCGCAAGGAGGAGUGCAGUCGUCGUCUUCCGCCGCGGCAGAUGCGCGAUCGGCGGAGGUUGGCGGAAGUGGCGCGGGGCGAGCAGCGGAAGCGGAAACGUCAGCGGUGGUGCUGCUGGACGUGCGCGAGAUGAUGUGCGGGGGAUGCGCCGCCGCCGUGCGCCAGGUGCUGUCGGAGCAUCCGCGCGUGAUUAGCGCGGGAGUAAAUCUCGUCACCGAAUCCGCCGCUGUUACCGUCUCGCUCCGCGCGCCUGAGGCUUCCGCUUCCCCUUCCGCCGCUUCUUCCGCCUCCGCGGCGUUUCCCCCCGCAAUUGCGAAGGCGGGUGACGAGGCGACGGAGCUUGAAGCGCUGCGCGCGGAGCUGGCGGAGCUGGUGGAAGACGCGGGGUUCCCCUGCUCCGUGCGCCGCGCAGGGGAGGCGGACGAAGAAGCGGAGGCGCGGCGCAGGGAGGCGGCGGAGAGGAGGCAGCGAGCAGUGGCGCGCGCGCGAGUGGACGUGGCGGUGGCGGGUGUGCUGGCAGCGCUAUGCUGCGCGCACCACGUGGGGCACCUUUUCCACAGCAUGGGGCUGCACGCACUCGCACACGGCCCAUGGAUGGCGGUGCUGGACGAUGUGAGGGCACGCUCUGCCAUCGCUGCCAUAGCGCUGCUGGGCCCUGCCAGAGACCUGCUGCUGGACGGCAUGAAGGCGCUGCUGCGUCGUUCGCCCAACAUGAACUCCCUCGUGGGGCUCGCCUCCCUCGCUGCCUUCUUCAUUGGCGUGGCGGCACAGCUGUACCCGGACCUUGGCCUCGACUCCUCCUUCACUGACGAACCUAGUGGGAGCGAGGAGGAGGGAGGGGAGGGCUUGGCGCUGAGCAUGGCGGCGUGGGUGCAGGUGCCGGCCAAUCACGUGCGGCCGGGGGACCGGGUGCUGGUGCUGCCUGGUGACGUCAUCCCUGUGGACGGCGUGGUGGAGAGUGGGCGCAGUGCAGUGGACGAGUCUUUGCAAACAGGGGAGGCAGCCACAGUGCCCAAGCGCAGAGGGGCUACUGUUGCUGCCGGCACUGUCAACUGGGAGGGACCCAUAGUCGUGUCGGCUACAGCAACAGGCGCAAGCUGUGCCGUGUGUGAGAUGGCACGGCGGGUGGAGGACGCACAGCAGCGCACAGCACCCGUGCAGCGCCUGGCAGACGCCAUCGCAGGCCCGUUCGUCUUUACCAUCAUGUCACUUUCUGCUGCUACGUUCGCCUUUUGGUACGCGGUGGGCGUGCAUCUGUACCCAGCAGUGCUGCUCUCUGACUUUGCAGGCGACGACUCGGACCCCCUCGUGCUCAGCCUCAGACUCGCCAUCAGCGUGCUGGUGGUCGCCUGCCCAUGUGCGCUCGGCCUCGCCACGCCCACCGCCAUCCUCGUUGGCACGUCCCUGGGGGCGAGGAGGGGGCUGCUGCUGCGUGGGGGGGACGUGUUGGAGAGGCUGGCAGCAGUGGAUGUGGUGGCGUUUGAUAAGACGGGCACGCUGACAGCAGGACAGCCCCAGGUGUCUGCUGUGGUGCCUGCAGCCCACCUGCCGCCCAUCACUCUCCACCACUCACACUCCCACUCCACCUCCCUCCACCAAGACCCAGGCACAGCGUCGUCAACCCACAGACACACCACCACCACUGCUACUGCCAUUGCUACCGAUGCUGAUACUGCCACUGUGACUCUCUUGCGCCUGGCAGCAGCAGCAGAGGCCACCACUCGUCACCCAGUAGCAGCCGCCAUCACCGCCCACGCCACCCGCCUCUCUGCCGCCCCGCUGCCGCCCGUUUCGUCUGCUCUCACGGUUCCCGGGCGGGGCGUGGUGGCUGUAGUGGAUGGUAGAGAGAUCCACGUGGGGGGCUUCGAUUGGGUGGCAAAGCAUUGCUUGGGGGGAACAAGGGAGAGGGAGGGGAGGGGAGGGAAUGGGAAAGGGAGUGAGGUUGAAGGGGAGAGGGAGAGAUGGCGGAGAGUGGAGGAGGGGGUGUUGAGAAGGGAUCGUGGAGGCGUAGGAAGGAGUGAGGAGGGAGGGGAUUGGGGCAGCAGGGAUAGCAGCAGCAGCCACACGUUUGUGUAUGUUGGUGAAGUGAGGAGCGAGGUGGAGAGGAGUGAGGGGGAUACGGGCGAGGGAGGAGAGGGGGAGAGGAGGGGGGCGGCGGAGGAGGGAAAGAGCGUGGGCGGCAUUCUCGGGUGCAUCUGUGUGAGCGACUCACUGCGCGCCGAGGCAAGGGAGACCGUGAGGCGGCUGGAAUCGCUCGGAGUGUCAGCAGCGGUGCUGUCGGGCGACCGGCAGGCGGCAGUGACGCGCGUGGCAGAGGCUGUUGGCAUUGCUGGCCCGGGGAAGGUUCUUGGAAGGCUGCUGCCCGAGGGCAAGGCGGAGGCGAUUGAGGGCAUGCAAAGGGACAGUCACAGCGUGGCGAUGGUGGGUGACGGCAUCAACGACACACUCGCCCUGGCUCGUGCAGAUGUGGGAGUGGCAGUGCCUCCCCCAGGUGCCACCUCGGCCGUUAUGAGUGCUGCUGCCGACGCUGCUGAUCUUGUGCUUCUCGGCAACCGACUCACACAGCUAGUGGAGGCGGUACAUCUAGCGCGGGCCACAAUGAACAGAGUGCGUCUCAACCUCGCCUGGGCCCUCGCCUACAACUGCCUCGCCGUGCCGCUGGCCGCUGGAGCCUUCCUGCCGGCCUAUGACAUUGCCCUCACACCCACGCUUGCUGGGGGCCUCAUGGCUGGGAGCUCUGUGCUGGUGGUGGUCAGCUCGCUGCUGCUGCGACUGCACAAGGCACCGCAGUGA